AUGGCUCUAUUCAAUGAGCCAAGUUUCGAGGCCCUGCAGGCGAACACCCCAAAUGACCCCCAGUUCAAUGUUUUAAACACAGCAAUAUUCCCUACGGAAACCGAUUGCCUAGAUCAAUCUCAGCCUCGCCUGACAGAAUUUCAUCAAUUCUCUCGUUUCCCAACUGAGAUCCAGCUGCGUAUCUUGGAGCUCACACAGUCGCCCAAGACCAAGCGCCUGGUCACUAUUCUCCUCAUGAAAGACCCAAGAGUCGAAGAAGAAUCUCAAAGCUCAUGCCCGCAGAACUCCCUACAAAGAUACCGUAUACGCCUUCCAAUGAACCCUGGAAAUCCCAACAACGAGUAUCUUUACCUCGAUCCAGAGAACGAUACUCUGUACCUCGACUCAUUUGGCGUCCCACCUUCAACUCUAGUCGGCUUCUUUCACGAUCUUCGGGCAUACGAUAAACAAGGAAGCGGCCUUUGGAACCUCGCAAUCAACAUGCAAUGUGUUGAGCACCUCAAGUUUCUGCACUUAACUACCCCUGAAAUCUUGCGGCCAGAGGAGGUGAGAUCAUUCAAGCAAAGUCUUAUGACCCUGGAGCAUCUAUGGUUCAUCCACCUGCUCAAUAAGGACAACAGGUACAUGGGCCUACCACCGGCUCAGCGAUCCAGUCGCCUCGGCUCGUUCACUAAUUACCGAAGACCAGUCACUCACGCCAUGCCUCUCUUUCCCGAAGCUUCUGAGUUCUAUAUCAUGCCCGCCGACCCUCGCCUGCUUAAGCGCUCUGACUUUGAGCGGGUGCGCUUCUGGAAAGAAUAUGGCCCAAUGGGUGGGCUGUUUUGGUGGGAAUCCAUGGAGACUAAAUUUGGCAUGACAGCAGAGAAUGAAUCACUGCCACAGCGAGAGAUCUCGUAUGUGAUAGCCGUUGACGCAACGGAAGAUCACACCGUGUGUUCACAAGAUUGCCACGACCGGUGCGGGGAGGACGUUGUGCGCAGCAUCAGUUCCCUGAAAACUUAUCUUGUAAGGGAGGAGCACCAAGCGCCGUGCCAGAUUGGCAGCCUCGAGGGGAUCGAAAAGGGGCAGGAGGUAUCGGUUGCAGGCUUUUGGGUCUUUCCAAUAGAUGUGCUUGAUGAACAAGAACCUCGGCAUGCUGGAGUGCCUCCGGAUAUGGAUGUAGUGGAUUUCUCCAAUAGGAGCCCAGCACUAGGUGUAUUUUAUUUACCAAAGGGUCUAAUAGAAUGA